CAUCCCACAAAUACCCCAUGGCCACAAGCAGCCCCAGCCCUGACCCCUGUGCUGGGCUCUGAAGAUGCAGGGCAGGGCAGUGAUGCCGAUGGUGCUGCCUUGCUAUAAAGCCAAAGAUGGGAGAACUGGAAAUGUCUUUGGGCCUCAGUAGCAUUCCUGUGCUCCAGCUCAGGCGGUUCUUUUACCUGUUGGUGUUGGUUAAUGGGCUGUCAGUGUUGGGCAGCUCCAUGGAUCAGUAAGCACAGCUCCAUCGCUGUGCUCCAAGAGCCAGCCAGUGGAGCCAAGCACUCAGGUAGCGUUUCCACUGAAAGAAAGCAAGCUACGAAUAAAUCUGCCUUCAAUAUCCUCUUUCCCCAAGCGAAACCUAACGGUUGCUUGGAACUCAGCUGGUUUAGUAACAGCUGCUAACCUGGGAAUCACUGGAGGAAUGCAUCAGCAUUGCCAUAUUCUCAAGGAACGUUUUUAAUGGCAUUUUGACAGGGCAAUGCCUUGCAACAGCCCCAGUAGUGGUGGUGCUUUGUGGUAUUAUCCCUUCUAUUGGUGUGGUGAAGCACAGUGUACAGAUCGUUGGGUACAGGUGCUGUGAGGGCCUCAUGGGAGCAGUGGGGAACUGUGCCCAAGUGGAACUCCUCUGGUGUGUGUGGUGUGCUGCUGCUGAACCACACAGGGCAGUUGUGUCCUUCCCCUGGAACACAGAGUCUCUGUGCCUCACGUUCUUACAGUGUUCUUACAGAAGGCACCAGGGAGGAUUCCAUGGGAUUGGUGCCUGCAACCUGUGGCUCUCAGCAGGGUGGUCCAUGCAUAGAGCUCCAUCAGAGCCCUGGAGAUGGAAGAAAAACGACGGAAGUACUCGAUCAGCAGUGAUAACUCAGACACCACUGACAGUCACACCACAUCCACGUCCAGAUGCUCCAAAAUCCCCAGCACCAAAUCCAGCUGGUCCCGGCAGAAGGAGAAGAAGCCCUCUGAGGUUUUCCGCACGGACCUGAUAACGGCCAUGAAGAUCCCUGACUCUUUCCAGCUCAGCCCUGAGGAGUACUACGUGCUGGCAGACCCCUGGCGCCAGGAGUGGGAGAAGGGUGUGCAGGUCCCAGCCAGUGCCGAGGCCAUCCCUCAGCCAGUGGUCAGAAUCAUACCCCAGCUGGAGAACCUGCCUUCCCCAGUGUCCCCCAGCAGCCUGCCGGGCUCUGAGAUUUCAGAAGCCACGAGGACGUACCUGCAGGGCAUGAGCCGUUACGACCUGGAUGAGCUGGAUGCCUGCUGGUUGGAGCUCGUGAACAUGGAGCUGAAGGAGAUGGAAAAGCCCGAGCUGGAUGAGAUCACCUUGGAGAGAGUGCUGGAGGAGCUGGAGACGAUGUGCUACGAGAACAUGAACAUCGCCAUUGAAACAGAGGAGGGUCUGGGCAUCGAGUACGACGAGGACGUGGUGUGUGACGUCUGCCGCUCGCCAGAGGGGGAGGAUGGCAACGAGAUGGUGUUCUGUGACAAGUGCAACGUCUGCGUGCACCAGGCAUGCUAUGGCAUCCUGAAGGUCCCCAUUGGCAGCUGGCUGUGCCGGACCUGUGCCCUCGGCGUCCAGCCCAAGUGUUUGCUGUGCCCGAAGAGAGGGGGAGCACUGAAGCCCACACGGAGCGGGACAAAAUGGGUCCACGUUAGCUGUGCCUUAUGGAUACCUGAAGUUAGCAUUGGAUGUCCUGAAAAAAUGGAACCCAUUACAAAGAUCUCACAUAUCCCAGCAAGCAGAUGGGCUUUGUCCUGCAGCCUCUGCAAGGAGUGCACUGGGACCUGCAUUCAGUGCUCCAUGCCCGCCUGCGUCACCGCAUUCCACGUCACCUGCGCCUUUGACCACAACCUCGACAUGCGGACUAUUUUAGCAGACAAUGAUGAAGUGAAGUUCAAGUCCUUCUGCCUGGAGCACAGCACCGGUGCCACCAAACUACCUGAGGAGACACGGACAGAGCCUGAUCAAGCCCAGCUGGACCUGGAGAAGGUGACGCUGCGGAAGCAAAAGCUCCAGCAGCUGGAGGAGGACUUCUAUGAACUCGUGAAGCCUUCCGAGGUGGCAGAGAACCUUGAUUUAAGCGAGUCGCUGGUGGAUUUUGUCUAUCAGUACUGGAAGCUGAAGAGGAAAGCAAACUCCAACAAACCGCUGCUGACACCAAAAACGGAUGAAGUGGACAACUUGGCUCAGCAGGAGCAGGAUGUUCUCUACCGGCGCUUGAAGCUUUUCACACACCUCAGGCAAGACCUGGAGAGGGUUAGAAAUCUCUGUUACAUGGUGACAAGACGGGAGAAAAUGAAACACACCAUUUGUAAACUCCAGGAGCAGAUCUUCCACCUGCAGAUGAUUCUCAUUGAGAAAGAUCUUUACCCAGAACAAACUGGGAAGAAGACAAAGGGUAAGAAAAGUGAUCCGAGAAGGAAAGGAAGAGAUGGUAGAAAAAAUAGCCCUGAGAAGAAAGAAAAAAGGAAAUCAGUCAACGAAACUGUGUUGGGACAACUGGGCUUGUCGACUUCCUUCCCCAUCGACGGGACCUUCUUCAACAGCUGGCUGGCGCAGUCGGUGCAGAUCACGGCUGAGAACAUGGCCAUGAGUGAGUGGUCCCUGAACAACGCGCACCAUGAGGACAGCACGCCCGGCCUGUCCGAGGAGCUGCUCCAGGACGAGGAGACGCUGCUCAGCUUCAUGAUGGACCACUCCCUGAGGUCCCCCUUCAAACAGAGCGAGGCCGCCAAGAAGGUGAAAAGCAAAACGAGAACGAACACUAAGAAAAAGCUGCCCAGGAGCGGCCUGACCGCCGUCUUCAGGAGCCAGCAGGAGGGCUCGGAGCGGUGGACUAACCACACCAGCGACCUGUCAGACGAUGCUGCCAAGCCCUGCGCCCAGGAAUCGCGGCCCGGCAGGUCGGAGAAAGGGGCGGCGAGGCCCGCGGACCGCAGGGGAUCAGGAGAGGCAAAAAGGGCGGCGAGGAAGGGGCCCGGCCCCAAAGGCAGCGACCCGCCGGCCCCGAGGGGCUGCGCCGGAGAGGAGGAGGCAGUGGUGGCGGCCAACGGCGCUCGGCCCGAGUCCAACCCCACGGCUCAAGUGCCUGACCCCGUAGGUAGCCCGAAAACCGUCGUGCGGUUCAAAUUACCAAAGGAGAGCCGAGGGACUCGGCGUUCGCAGCCCCCCAAGACCGAUGGCCCCGGAGGGCCCCCCCUGCACCGCUUCGAGGCCGAGACGGACGGCUACUUCUCCGACGCCGAGAUGAGCGACUCGGAUGGGGAGCCGCGGGGCGGCCGGGUGCAGCGGGGCCAGCUGGAGCCGGGCGGCGAGGAGAUCGUACGGAUGAGCAUCCUGGCUUCCUAACGGCACGCGGCCACCCCGCUCCUCCCGUCACAACUGCCAUGGCCAAUUUCUGCCUAGUAUCACAGCGAGAGGGGGAUUUUUAAUCUGUAUAUAUAGUUGGAAAUUCGGCACCGUUGUCUUUCUCUUCUCUUUUUGCCUGAGAUACAGCUUCAGCUUCACCGACGUAGAUUGCCGUGACAGUAGUUGUCCCCUCCGGCUGCCCCGCUCCCUGCGGAGGUGGCCACGCGAUGGGCAUUAUUCCAGAGGGGCAGAUCUCCCUCCUUGGGCUGUAUCGGGGUAAAGGCAGGGGCCGGGAGCUGAGCAGGGAAGCCAGCCAUGGGCACGUGCAUUGACAAGGGAGGAAAGUACACGAUGCUAACAUAAAUAACGACAAAAGCACAACGAGUUUGGUGGGGGGGAAGCGCUCGGGGCGGGAGAGAGCCACGUUACGUUUGUGUUUGUAGAAAAACCUCAGUCAUUGCUUUUUUUUCCCUUCUGAUUGGAAACCAUCCCAGGUUGUUCCUGUCCCCGAGGCGGCACCUCGGCCACGGCCCCCAGAAGCAGUUUGCUCGGGUUCAUGGGUUAGCGCUCAGCAAGCUGGAAUGGAGGCGUGGGGAAGGACAGAGAGGGAAAAGUCUUUUAGGAGCACUGGGGGGACUGGGCAGCCUGCACCCACCCGAGCCUCCCCUGCACAGCAGCGUGCUCAGCCCCAGGCACUGCAGCCAGGGGGAAGGAGCACACUCAGCCCUCUGAUUUUCCAACAAAACGCUACAAUGGAAAUGGUGAAUUUAUUCCUCCCUGUCCUUUAUCCUGGUUUUUUUGUUUUGUUUUGUUUUGUUUUUAUAUUUUUAUUUUAUUCCUUAAAUCCUGGUUACGAGCUGUUGACUCCUUGUGGGAGGGUGAUUCACAGAAGCUGACAUUAUAAAUAUGACAAUAAUUUAAUGCAUAAAAUGUCCCCAAUAAGCCUUAAAUGUUGUUCAAAGCCCAUGUUACCGACGAGUCAGGCGAAUUUCCGUGUUUGCACUUAAUUGCACCAUUACUUCAGUUUUGGCUUCAAAGGUCACAGUGAAGUCGCGCUACGUGUUUUAUUGGAGUGACCCCAGUGUGAGCUCAGGGAACAAAAAAAAAAAAAAAAAAGGAAUUCACUGAAACUUUUGUUGUUGUUGUUUUUUAAAAAUAAUAAUAAAAAAUGUUUAAAAAAGAAAAAAAAAAAAAAAAAAAGAAACUUAACUAACCUGGGACACUUCUGCAACUGGUUAAACCCAUCACUUCAAACAGAAAACCUUACUACAGUUGUCCAACAGAACAGUCAAAUCUUUUUUGUGGAUGCCAAAGAAUACGUUGACAGUCGAGCAGCACAGCCAGAAACUGGAAACUUGUCACUAGGAACAAUUGGGAGUUAUUUAGCAACCAAGGACUAAAGACACACUCAUGCACACUGCUGCGGCGUUAGGUUCCAAGCUUGCUGAAGGGGUGCUGAGCCCACGCCCCUCCGUUUUGAUUUCCAGUGCUUUUUGCUCAUUUCACUGUGAGCUUUCUUCUGAUACUCUGAGACUCCUUUAACCGACUGUCCCGGUGUUUUAGAGUAGAUGAGCUUUAUCAGCCUUCAGAGAGUCCUUACUAGCGGUCAGAUGGCAGCCCGGCUGACCCCAGGCAGCAUGCAGCCCCGGGUGCCCCCCGAGCUGGGAUGGAGCACCCAGAGCACGGCUGCACCGCGGGGAGCAGAACCACGGAUCGGCCAAACGGGAACCACCUCCCAUAGCAACUCAUCCACCGAGGUUGGAGGUGAAAAUCUGCUCAUUAAUUAAGGCUCGGUAUGUUCAGAUAAUGUUAAAUACAGUAAAUAGGACUUAGUUUAUCUUAUCAGGCUUGCUAGCUUUAGCUACAGUAUCCUAGUAUAAGAGUCAUACCAAUAAUCAAUAUGCUGCCUUUUAAUGAAUCUUGCUUCCGUGUGCUUCACUCAGUUAUGGUUAAACAAAAGCAAUCCACAACUUUUCACUGUACACAGCUCCACUCAUCGGCUUCUGCACUCCUCGUCUUCUCAGUACAGGAAAGCAAACGGGGGGACCCUGUGGAACAGCCCCAGCACGGCCGCAUGGUUCGGCACUGGGUCGGGAGGAGCCGGGGGGCUGUGUGAUGAGAGCGAUGCACAAAGGGCCGUAUUUUUUUUUUGGAUGAUGCUGUAAAAUGUAUUUUGAGAUGAAACAGAAUCUAAGGGGUUUAUUUUGCUAGAGAAAAAUAUUGUCUUUUCAGAUGUAUAAACCGCAGUUUGCACUGUAAGAGCGCCCGUCGCCUCGGCAGCGGGGCAGCCCCAUCCAGCAGCCCCGGCACCAGCACAGUGCUGGCUCAGCCCCGCUCACAGCCCCGCUCCCCAAACCCAAACCCAUCCAUCCUUCGCCCCUCUGGCCGUGCCUGGGGCUGUUGGUUCCUCCGGGUCGCCCCGUUUGCUCCAUCCGCACACAGCCCAGACUCACCCCACGUCAGUCACAGGAAACGAUAUGAAUGUCGCAGGAGGAGGAAACCCUUCUGUUUUCUUUGUUUCAAAGAACGUGAUGUGCCAUUUGUUAAUAGAAAAGAGAAAUAUUGAAAAUAUAUUGAAAAGAGCAAUUUUAAAUUAUUUUUGGCUUAUGUUGCAAUAUUUAUUUUCUUGUAUUAGAAAUUCCUUUGUAGAGAAAAAAAAAAUGUAUUUUUCAUUAAUGCAAAAACCUAUUUCUCCUUUUUGUACAUUUUCCAUGUUAGUUAAUCCUUAAAGCAAUAUAAUGUUAUCAGACUCGUUCUGUGUGAGACUGUAUUAUGCAUGCUCUUUGUGUUGCCUUGGAAUAGCUCUGUCUGCCAUUAUUUUCAUCCUGUUUAGGUACAGUGUAUGCUUUAAUACACAUUGGGACCAUGGCCCAUGGCUUAUGAGAGAAAAACAAAACCGAAACAACAAAACGAAACCUUUGCAUUCCUCAAUGUGUUGGCAAAUGCAGUCAAUAAAGCAGUGUUUUACGUGUGCGUGCA